AAUUUAAGGGUGGGAGUGGAAGGAAAAGAAGGGGAACCUGAUGCCCCUUUUGAUGUGUGAGUGGGUGGCUCUGAUCUUUCCUUCACUUUCUCAUCUCUCUUUCUUUCUUCCCAAACAAAAACUCUCCUCCCCAAAACUACAGCCUCACUUCAAUCAAAUUCUCAAAGGUAACUUCUUUGCCCUAAUCUUCUCUUCUCUCCUCUUCUUCUACAUCUAUUCUGCCUGAUCUUGUUUCAAACCAAACCCAACCAAACCAAACCCACCCAUCUUUCUUUUCCUGCUUCCUUUCUUUUUUUCACUCAUCAACUUUCCUUCAAAAACUAAUUCACUUACUAAAUAUAUGUACAUAUGAUUUCACCAUCUCCUCUUUUUUUCCCCCUCAGCUUCUGAGUUCCUUUCUCGCUUUUUCUUAACCCCAAGGUGAAGAAGAAGGAGAAUCUAGUCCAUGGGGUGUAUAUACUAGAUUUCCUUUCUGGGAUCUGUUCUACUAUAUAUUUCAGAUUUGGGUUUUUCCUCUUCUUUGAUUUCUCUCAACUCUUGACUACAUCUAUCGGUUUCAUGAAGCUUAGUUGGCUCGUUCUCAGCUUCAAAAUUUCCCAUUUAUAUGCUAUAAAUGAAUGAAGAUAAUGAGGUUUUGAGGUUAUCAGGGAUCACAACUAGAAAGAAAUAGGAGACAAUCGAAGAGGGAAGAGAUCAGAGGGGGUGAAGUGUUGUUAUGCUGAAGAUAAGGGGCUCUACUGCUGGAGAAAGAAGCAGUAUAAGUGUGGCUUGUGACUGUUGUCAAAACAGCACAAGAAGAGAGAAGCUUUUCAUCAGAUGUUAUCCAUUGAAAACCCUCCACCAGAUCCCCCAUGUCCCUGCCAAGUUAUAGUACAGCUGAAAAGUGGUGGUGAUGAGAUUGAGAGGGCUCCUCAUAAGCUUCCCUUGCCUGAGGUAGAUCUGCUAAAGAAGCCGUCUCUUGAUAAUCAUCAUCAUCGUCAUCAUCAUCAAACCCCACUCCCUAAAUUCUCCAUAAGAGAUUAUGUGUUCACUGCUCGGGGCAAGGAUAUCAAGAAGAAUUGGCCAUUUUCUCCCAAGAAUUUGCAACUUUGUUUGAAGCAUGGCUUGAAGGAUCCAUUGCCACCAUUUCAGCCUCUUGAUACUGUAAGAAACCUAUCCAUAGAGAGAUGUGUGGUUGAAACCAAUCCAUUUGAGAAGCAAAAUACAAGGAAAUCCGGUGAAGAGCCAUCUGGGUCAAACGAUCAUGUGGUACUAGAGUCAUCCAGUGAUGCUCACUCAAACCAUAACCUAGCAGGUACGUGCAUAGACAAUAGCUCCUGCAGAUCCGGAGAACAUGGAAGUGGUUUACCCUCUACAAUAGCUAGUGUUUCUCAAUCUGAUAUAGACUCGGUUCUCAUUAACAAGAAGUCCAGCUUACCAUUAGAAACCGAUACAUCAGUGGAAGCAUCAGCUGAAGUUCAAGCUACUGGUAAGAUCCGGAAGACCGAAAACACAACUCGACCAUCAGGCAAGAAGUGCAGGUUAAUUGUGAAAUUUGGUGCCCAUUCUGAUCGUAGCUCGAUUGAAGAUAUUACUUCGAAUUGUACCAUGUUAUCUGAAUCCAUGGCUUCUAAAGUUUGCCCUGUUUGUAAAACUUUCUCGUCCUCUUCCAAUACCACCUUGAAUGCUCACAUCGACCAAUGUCUUUCUGACGAAUCGACUCCCAAGUGGACACUGGAUUCUAAGCUUACCCGCCAUAGAAUUAAGCCAAGGAAGACAAGACUGAUGGUGGAUGUAUAUGCUACUGCCAAGCCAUGCACUUUGGAAGAACUUGAUAGGAGGAAUGGUACAAGCUGGGCUACUGCAUCUAACAUACCUAGACAGGAUUCUGGGAAACUUGAAAUAUCUGAUGAAGGGAAAAAGCAAAAGAUUUCCUCUACUAUUCCCAAGGAUACUGGUGAUGUAGGUGCUGUUUAUUUUGAUGCCAAUGGUACAAAAAUUCGUAUUUUAUCCAAGCCUAAUGAUGCUCCACUAGUGUCAAAAGUUGGAGAUGAUCCUGGACCAAACAAAGCUUUCAAAGGGAGUAAAGGAAGCAAAUUCCUUUCAACCAAAAAGAAAAGGCGACAUUCCUUGAAACAUAACAAGUAUCUUAAACUUGCUCCUCAAAGCCGAAAACUUUUCUCACAUAAGACCCGUUCUUCUAUGAUAGUUGGAGGUCAAGAAGGGUGCUGUGGAGUAUCUGAAAGUUGCAAGAAUGAGGGAUCGCAUGUGCCAAGGCAGGUUAAAUCAAGUGAUUCUAGAAACUUUAGGGAAAGGGUGUGCUCUAAACAAGCUGGUCUUUCAAGGAAGCCUGAUAAUCAAGACAGACAUCAACCAUCGAAUUGCAAACGGUAUGUUACCCUGGACUUGCAGGUUCCAAGUGACCAACCACAUCUAGGUGAUCCUGUUGUGGAGAGAAAUUGUGUUCGCAGGUUAAAAAAUUUAUCUGAAAAUCCAAUUUCUUCUCCUGAGAAAUGUGAGAAGACAGAGAAGCCAGUUUAUGAAGCCCCUUCAGAUAUGGUUGAGAGGGAGCAUUCUUUGGGAAGAAAGAGAGUAAGGAGCUCCUUGUCUGGAGCCAGAAUCCAUAACAUGGUGGAGCUAAGGCCACUUAAGCAAAAUGCGAAUCAGUUGAGCAAAGACCAUCCCCAUCUAGAUAGGCAUCAUAUGGCGAGAUCUAUGAACUCUGGUGGAAAUUGUUCAUCUUCAUUGAGCAAACAGGUGAUUGAUAUCGAUGCAAAUAGUAAUCCAAAUAGUCCUGUCACUGCUACAACACCUAUCAGUGAUCGUUCUUUUGCAUUCAAAUGCUUCAGAUCCUCACCAAAGAAAAAUUUGCCGUCUGCUAGCAGCAGGCCUUCUAUGGUUAAAUCUGGGUCUAACUUGGUUAAGAAUCAUUUAACAACGGAGAGCCAACUUCAUUUUAUGGAAGAAAUUGAUGAGGAAGAAUCCUGGGGUCCUGAGUCUGAUCAAGAAUGUGACUUGGUGCAUGAUGGUGCUAAAAAUCAAUGUGGAAGGAAAGAGAUUACUAAAGAAAUGUCAUUUGGUGGAAGCAGCAUCCGAGGAGCCCAAUCUGGGGAGCAAAGAGGAAGAAGAAGUGUUUCCAGGAGGGAGGAAUCCAUGGCUUUGAAGAGCUUACAUUCAGAACCUCGUUAUUAUGAUAAUGAUGAGAUGGAGAACACAGGUUCUUCUGCAAGAGGUAGUGAGAAUAUUCUGGAUAGAGUUGAUGGUUUGGAAUCUAUUGAGGAGACGGUCACUAGUUUGAGUCAGCCAGUAGAAACUAAGUUUAACGAACUGAGUAAUCUUUCCAUGAAUAGGUCCAAUUCUUUACAGACUAAUGAAGAUUACAGCAAGCCUCUAUGUGGGGGUGAAGAACUGGCUAACCUUACUGAGCCAAGUCUUGGUGGUAAACCACACAUGUUUUGUGCUGAAGUUAGCGAUGGUAUAAUUGGGCAAACAGCUAAUAUGGGAGGAGAAUUGGAUUCUGACGCAGCACAAGUGAACUCUUUUCCCGAGGUUGAUCCAAUACCUAUUCCUGGUCCUCCAGGAUCAUUUUUGCCUAGCCCUAGGGACAUGGGUUCUGAUGAUUUUCAAGGGAAUUCAUCAUUGACCACCAGCCGAAUUCAAUCCUCUCAAGAUCAGCUUGAUUUGGUCGAUGGGGACUCAUCAGAUUCACCAAUAUCUGCGGUAUCUACUAUCUCUAAUUCUGUGGAAGCCAAGUCAGAUUUGAAGUAUGCGGAACCGUUAGCAUUUGUUGAUGCUCCUGCAGUGCUAGAAAAUUAUAGGUCUGGCUACUCUACUACCAAAUCUGAGCCUUUAGCCGAAAAUGGUGCUGCAUUUCCCCAUUCAAGCGCUGGACUGGAUAGAACUUUGGAAGGAGAGAAGCUUAGAGUACAUAGAAUAUCUUUUGAAAAGAGACCUUUGAUUUUUAAAAAUGACGAUCAGCCAUGCUGUUGCCAAAGAAAAGAUAGAUCAUCUCAGGGUUUUGCUCUAAAUUAUCAGGAAUCACAACUACUAAGGCAACGGACAAUGGGUUCAAUGCUGGUCCCUGCCACGGGAAUGCAAAUUGCUGCCAAUCAAAAUAUCAGUCCCGAUAAUUUGGAUGCAAGACCAGAAACAACUUCUAGGAGCAGUAGUGCGAGUUUAGGAUCUGAGCAAAUGGUUCUACCUGUCAUGAAACUGCCUGCAGAUCCCAUUCCUUUUAAUGGAUUCCCUGAUGCUGGUGUCAAGCUUUCUGCAUCCAAUGAUCGUGAUUCUGCCACUCCGUCAUCUUCUAAUCCUGUUCUCAGGCUGAUGGGAAAGAACUUAAUGGUGGUUAACAAGGAGGAAGACAAAUCUGUGCCACUUGGUCAGGCCCAGUCAUUUGCCCAGAGUGAUCAUCCUACUCCUAAGUUUCCAACUCCUUCUGGAAUCUCUCCUAGCAAUAUGGGGAAUCAAGCUGGGAUGCCAUUCCAUCACACAAUGUCUCAGAGUUCGUUAAUCUUUGAUCAGCAUCCAAAAGAUUUGGUGGGGCAAUCUUUUGAUGUCCAAUUUACAAAUGGCUAUAGAAACCAUGCAAAUCUUGGAACACCACCACAAUUUCCAGCUGGGAUGUUUUUUGAUGAGCGUAUGGACCGUGGUUUGACAACCUCCAUGGAGUUCUACAAAUAUGAAUGUGACUAUAAUUUGCCAGCUCAACUGAACAGACUGAAGAACAAGCCAGGUCCAGCAGCAACAUAUGAUAUGGAGAAAGUUGCAACUCUAGACGGCCGACUUAGGAAUGGUGAUUCUGCUGUUUCCAGUAAACAAGUAAUUAUCAUUGAUGAUGAGCCUGAAAGUGAAACAACAAAGUUUGCCGACAUUGCCAAACAUUUUGAAGGCUCGAGGGAAAGCCCGCUAAUACCUGCUGGCAUUUCAAUGCCAUUAGUUCCUAAUCAUAGCAUAAGGCACAGGAAUCCGUUUUCUCGUUAUCAUUCCGAAGGAGCUUUACUAGGUGACCCAACCAUGGUACAAAAUAAGAACUUUAAUGCAAUCCCUUCGGGUCGAGCCAAUACUGUUCCUGUUAGAUGGGAUUGCUCUUCAGAAGGUUCUGGGGUGCCACAGCGGGCUCCUCUUAUGGCUAUAUCACCCUCGAGGGGCCAUCUCAGACCUGCAGUUUAUUAUUCUCCGAGUUUGUCUUAGCAGCUUUGCGGGGUAUGGGAAUUGUUAGAUGGAUUGUGCUGUGCAUCAGCGGGUUCCAUAUCAAAACUUGUACUGUAUCUUGAGCGUCUCCAUGACUACAUACUGACACAAAUUAUGGGGUUCAAAAUGAUUUGCAAAAGCUAAAAUAAUUGGUGUUGGGAGUUAAUAGAUUCGGUGCAAGUUUAGCAAUUGAGAUCUGAGUUUGUAUUUAUUUUUUAUUUCACAAACUUUUUUGUAGUUUUUGAGGCUUCUGCUUAGACAAUUAGAAAUUUACCCCAAAGACUCGAUAAUGUAUAAGCUAUCCUUGAAAUAAAGCCUGAUAAAAAGUGUUACUAUAGCCA